AUGACACAGACCGCCCUAUUCAACUUCCAGUCGCUCCUCCUCGUCAUUCUCCUUCUCAUUUGCACAUGCGCAUACGCGCACCAGCUCAUGCCCGCCAUCAUGGACCGGAACAAGGACGGUAUCAUGGGCAUAUUUUGGAAAUUCGCAAGAGUAGGCGAACGGUUAAGUCCAUACAUCAGCUUAUGCUGUGUCGUCAUGGCGGCAAGACUCUCCCUCCCCCAACUACUCCCCUCUGCGAUUCUAACUGGGUAA